GGUGCGCCUGAACAUCUGUGCGUAAUUUGCGUGCGGCGAGAAUCACGUGUGUCCACCAUGUGAAUGCGUGAUGUUUGGCGAGAGAUAGAAAUGCGCGUGUACGGCGAGGUGGCACGCGUUCACUCAGACACCGCGCGCACCAACAAGCUGCUGUGGUGAGGAGCAGAUCCCCGGGAGCGGAGGGACGGCUCGGUUCUCUGCAAUAACACCGGAGGAGCUGCAGGAGGAGGCUGUGAGGGAGGACCUCGGGUCGAUGGAGGAAACGCGUGAGUCGCAGAUGUGAAGCGACAACAGCCUUUCACCUCCUGGUGGUUUCUUUUUCUUCUACAAUCCGAUGAUCGGCCGGAGCCUGUGAGAUGCAGCCUCUACCUGGCAGAUGCGUGGCACCACACAGCUGCAACCUACAGUGUGUCUCCUGUCCACCUGCUGCUGAUCUGCUGGGGUCGGCUGUGGAGGGCUGAGACUGCUACAUCUGCAGAUCUCAUCAGCAUCAGCAUCAACAUCAUCUGCCACUCCAAACAGACGCCAGAGGACGGAGGCUGCUUUUUGGCUCAUCCGAACAGCAGCAGUUGAAAACUACCUGUAGAUGACGACUCCAGCAGAGCUGCUCGCCUGAGAGCAGCAUGAGCUUAUUGAGGAACUAACCAACUCACUGCUGAUUCAAGUUUCUUCUCCUGUUCGGGGCUGAUGGAAAGGUUCCAGUGUGUCAGUUGACUAAAGGGGACGCAGUGGUGUUCUAGCCUGGGACGCAGCCAGCAGCUGAGGUGCAGACACCACGCAGGAGAUGGCCCGUCCGGGAUCAGGGCUGCUGGUGCCCGUCAACGGGCUGGGGUACCCACCUCAGAACCUGGCCAGGGUGGUGGUCUGGGAGUGGUUGAACGAACACGGGCGCUGCAGGCCCUACAGUGCAGCGGUUUGCCACCACAUUGAGAACGUGCUGAAGGGGGACGCCCGGGGGACUGUCGUGCUGGGCCAGGUGGAUGCCCAGCUCUCUCCUUACGUCAUCGACCUGCAGUCCAUGCACCAGUUUCGACAAGACACAGGCACCAUGAGACCAGUGCAGAGAAACUUCUACGAGCCCUCGUCGGCCCCGGGUAAAGGCGUGGUGUGGGAGUGGGAGAACGACAGCGGCUCGUGGACGCCCUACGACAUGGAGAUCUGUGUGACCAUCCAGAACGCCUACGAGAAGCAGCACCCCUGGCUGGACCUGACCUCUCUGGGCUUCUGCUACCUCAUCGACUUCAACAGCAUGUCUCAGACCAACAGGCAGAGCCAGCGCAAGCGGCGCCUGCGGAGACGCAUGGACCUGGCCUACCCGCUCAUCAUGGGCUCCAUCCCCAAGUCGCAGUCCUGGCCUGUAGGCGCCAGCUCUGGACAGCCCUGCUCCUGCCAGCAGUGCAUCCUGGUCAACAGUACGAGAGCCGCCUCCAACGCUAUUCUGGCCUCUCAGCGGCGUAAGCUCUACGGAGGGACGGCGGGCAACACGGGCGCCACUGGAGCCCACAGUGUAGUGCGGCAGAGCAAUACUUUCGCCGGGACCUCCCUCUGGUCUCCGACAUCCGCCUCCUCCGGCACCAACAAUAAUAACAUAAGUGUGGGAGGUGGGCAAGCCAAAGCUGAACAGGUGCAGUUGCCACUGUACGCUGCCAACUUCCCCUGUUCCCCUGUGAUGCCGUCUCUUUCAUCCGCCCACGGCCACCACGCUCUCACCAUCAACGGACAGAACAACCUGAACCGGCCUGGCACCCAGCGCAUUUCCAUGGGCACCGCCAGAGGAGCCAUCCCACCAGGUGUUCCUGCCCUCCCAGUAAAGAACCUGACUGGAUCUGGACCAUUACACCCAGCACUAGCAGGUAUGACAGGUAUCCUGAUGUGCGCUGCAGGUCUGCCUGUUUGCCUGACGCGGGCUCCCAAGCCUAUACUGCACCCACCGCCCAUUACCAAGAGCGACAUGAAGCCUGUGCAGGGGAUCAACGGCAUGCGCCGCAAAACCAAGAAGAAGCACCUGAGAAGAGGGAAAAACCCAGAGGAUGUCGUGCGAAGAUACACAGAGAGGAUUAAAGUGGUGCCAGACGAGGAUUGUACCAUCUGCAUGGAGAGGCUGGUCAUGUCGUCGGGCUAUGAAGGCGUCCUGCAGCACAAAGGCAUCAAGCCAGAGCUGGUAGGCAAACUUGGCAAGUGUGGGCACAUGUACCAUCUGCUGUGCCUGGUGGCCAUGUACAACAAUGGCAAUAAGGAUGGCAGUCUUCAGUGCCCAACAUGCAAAACAAUCUAUGGGGAGAAAACGGGCACGCAGCCUCCUGGGAAGAUGGAGUACCACGUCAUCCCCCACUGCCUGCCCGGCUACCCCGACUCCAGAAGCAUCCGCAUCGUCUACGACAUUCCUGCCGGGAUCCAGACCAAUGAGCACCCCAGCCCAGGGAAGAAGUUUAGUGCGAGAGGGUUCCCUCGACACUGCUACCUCCCUGACAACGAGAAAGGCAGGAAGGUCCUGAAGCUGCUUAUCAUGGCCUGGGACCGACGCCUCAUCUUCACCAUUGGCACGUCCAGCACCACGGGCGAGUCGGACACAGUGGUGUGGAACGAGAUUCACCACAAGACAGAAUUCGGCUCCAACCUGACGGGCCACGGCUACCCCGACCCCAACUAUCUGGACAACGUCCUGACGGAGCUGUCGGCCCAGGGGGUCGGCGAAGACAACCUGAAGGACUGACGGCCGGCUCAGCUGAUGCACAAGAACACAGCCCACCCAUCUCCCACGGACCAGGGACAGUGUAUGAUGGGCCAACAUGCAGCCGACAACUCUUUACCCCCCCGCAAACAAAAAUACCCUGCAGAAGUGGCAGCCCGAGAGCAACGGAGGCAGAAUACAUGACAUGGUUAUGAUCAAUGUUAAGAUUUCCCCUGUGGAUUUGUGCCAGAUUUUCUCAGAGGUUAUUAGAGAUAUGGUGAAUUUUCUGUUUUCUCUGAUGUCGGCUGCAGGUAAAUGAUAUUUAAGCCCCUUUAGAUUCAGACUAAAGCUGUUUCUCUGCACUUGGAGUAAAUGCAGAUGGGCCUACAACUAUAUGAAGGCAUAUGUGUAAAUGCUGAACUCCAGAAUGCAUGGCCCGGACUAACACUGCAAACUGAAUGUGCGAGUAUACGUUAGGGGGAGGUCGUCACAGGAUCAGCUGUUGCUUGAUAUUGUGACGACACAUUUAAGAGACUUUCAGCUAUUACAAAUGAAUCCAAACGAAUCGAUGAACUGCUCUUCUUUUUACUUAUUACUCUAAUAAUCAAUUAUUGACCUGCAGUGGUUUUGUGAUUUGAAGGAGAGGAUCUCUCGACUCUGGUGAUGUCAUUGAAGGUGCACUUAGCUUCCUGUAUCUGACCUUUUCGAGCUCCGACACCACAGAUCAGUUGCUCUGUGAAACGGAUGUAUUGCAUGAAGUGGAUUCCAGAGAGCUAUGAAAUAUUGGUGUUAGGUUAUAAAUGUAUGUCGUGUGGUUAACCUUGUGGACGGUCUUCAAGAGGAGACGUGACACGGAGGAAAACGAGCGUCUUACCGGUCGGCUUGAUGCUUGUGACGAGCUGUUGUUGAUGCUGAGGUUGGGUUACAAAAACCCAACGGUUUUCCUUUGGAGGUCCAUCUUGGGCAGCGGCCCUGCUCUCCUGCAAAUCUACUCUCUUGUGGGCUUGUUUGCUGCCUGGUGAGUGGGCUGGGCUCUGCUGCUUGUACAGCGAGCGGUGAAACAUCUCAUUCCCUGCAUGAGCUCACUCUAGAGUAGUUUGGGUCAUUCCUGAUGUACGGCCUUGCCUCAUCUCUCCCUUCUCCUAACAGCGGAGCACGUCAUUUGAGGAACCAUGCAAACAUUGUGUCCAGUAAGUAAUUCCUUGCUGGAAACAAAUUAUUCCCCCUCUGAUUUUUUUUUUCUUUUGCCCGUGAGCUAGAAGACUUUUUGAAGGUCCUCGUGGAGAUCUUGUGAUGUUUCUGUACUCCGAGAUAAAAGAUAAGCCAGCGCUGCAUAAUUCUCCAUAAAUAUAUCUGAUCAAUUUUAAUGAGCAGGGAGUGUUUAUGUAAGGUUUAUCGCGUGGACACCCAGCUGUGGGCUUUAUUUUGGAGUGAAUCAUAGUCUUCCAUAGCACUUUGAUGCAACAGUUUUGUUUAAUCCGUGGUUUGACUUUUAGGAAAAAUGUCUUGAAUUGCAACGAAAUCUUGUCUUUUUUUAAGUUGAUGUUUAUAAACUGGCUUGCAAUGCUUUGAAAAAUAUAUAUGAUUACUUUUGCAGAUGUGAUAUACCUUUAAAUUCAAGCUCAUUUUGAGUCUAUGGUGUAAGUUUAAUUUAUUUUUAUACUCUUCUAUAUUGAACAUACUGGCCCAGUUAUCUAUACACAGGCACAUAACAUGAAUACAUCAAAUCUGGCAAAGAUUUGUCAGGAUGUCAGGGACUGUUGUAAUAUGUAUGACAUGUUAUAGACGUCUUAUAUUACAAGUAGUCUUAGCGUAUGCUGCUGUCGUUACCUUAAUGUAAAAUCUGUGUAGUUGGUCCCCUGUGGAAUUCCAAUAAAUACAGUAAAUGUGUCUUUUAUUAUUGGUAGGGGAGCUUUAGCAGCAUGAGGAUGUCCCCCCUCCCCACAAAUAGGCCUUUUUUUUCCUUUCUCCUUGUCCAAAACAUGUGAUUGGAUUCUGUCCUUGUGGUCUUUGUUGAGUCUGAAGACGAAAACAACCUGCUUUAAAUGCCAGCUGCAAAUAUUCCGAGUUUGUUUAAGCAAACUGAAGCAAAAGAUUGAUGCGAUUCAGCUCAGACAGUCAGCAACAAGGGAAAUUAAUUAACACAGUAUGAUUUGAAAUGUUACAACUAUUCAAGUGUGUGUGUGUGGACCUCUUUAUGACCAAACCCCUUCUAGUUAUUACUCAUGUCGUUGGAGCCUAAAUCUCUUUACACAGUCACAUUGUGGGGACAUGUCGUCCUUGCGGGGACAAAAAGCAAGACCCACAACGUCAAUCAUUACAUUUUAAGGUGAAGACAUGGUUUAAAGUUAACUUAAUGUAAGGUUUAGGUUGAGGUUAGAGUAAAGGUUGGGUGAGGCAAGUAGAAACUGGCUGUCUUAAUAGGCAACUUUUUAUUUUGGUUUCAAGGCCCAACUGAUCAAUAUGUGUGCAGUGUUGUGCUCACAGUGUGUUUUCACUGCCCCCAAGUGGCUAGUUAUAAUUAUUCAAUUUUAAUAAUACAUUUUAUUAUUUCAAUUUAAAAAUAGCAUUUUCAGAGGCUUUUUAUUUUUUAUCUCAAAUUCCAAAUUCCUGGUCUCUAGAGAAGCUGAGAAAACUAUAGGAAAUUUUGUUAGUGUUAUUUUUACCCAGCUGUGAUUGUUUGCCCUGUUCCAUUUCACUGUUUGUUUUUUUGGCACCCUUUUUCAAAAUGGGACAGCGUGACUGAAUACUUCAAAUCUAUCAGGGAACUUUUUUCCAUGUUGACUGAAGUUUCAUUAAUUAAGAGAAAUCCAAACUUUUGCUUCUUUGACUUCUUUCCUUUCCACGAGUCGGUCCCUGCAGUGAGAGCGAUGCAGGCCCUUUAGACUCUUCAGGUGUGUACAGAUGAAUAAAACAUGGUUCGGUAUUUGUCUGAUUAAGGAAGAGAGAGAUGGUGUUUAUGCAAUUUACUAUUUUUGAGAUGUAAAACAUGAUUUAUGUGUAGCAAGGAGGCUGAUUUGUGGUUGAAACGACAGUUUCCUUUACAGGGCUGCCUGUACCUUCUGCUUUAUAGAGUCAGAGGAUGUUUCACAUGCUACAUAUUAGAAAAAUAUUUUUGAUGUCUUUAUUUGAAUGAUGAUUGUCUCUAAAAGAACUAUUACAUGACAUUGCUGUAUUUCUCUUAUUAAGACUCAUUCCAUGAUAUUGUUGCUUUUGAUCAGAUGCGGGAUAAAGGAUAAAACCACUCCCAACACAGGAAGGAUAUGAACAGUAGUACUCUCUCAUACUAUCCACUGUAAACUGUACUUCUUUCUCUAAAUUAUACCUUAACAUUUUUGUGCGGAUAUGCUGUGCAUUUGUAUCCUUCUGCCUGGGUGACUGUGUGUGAAUGCAUAGGUUCAUGUCCUUUAAAGGCACAGUGAUGUUCUCCUCGAGGUGCAUGUUAACCAAACUGCGUGUAAGUGUAUUUCCAAUGCAUCGCUGUUUGUGUAUGAAGACAUCAUAGCUUCUUUAGAAACGUCCUCAAGGCUCUCCUGGUGAUUUAGCACUGUGGUUAUGCAUCUGACUCGUUUAUUUUCCUCGAUCAGAUUUGAUUUAUUCAGGACGGGGACGAGGCAGCGCUUGGCCGCUCUCCUCACACUUUUCGACGACUUGUAAAACAUCUGAAUGUUUUGCAUUUUAAGUGCCCCUUUUAAACUGACAUUGUCAAAUCAUGAUGUUUUUUAUGUGGUUUGAUUUUACUCUUCAGCGGUGUCAACAUGUGGCUGUUGAGAAUGGGUCACACAGAGAAACUGAGAUCUAAAAGUAAGAUAUAGAGAGACAUUUAUGAAACUAUAAAGGGCUUCUUAAUCUAUCAGUCUUUAAUGAAAUUGUGAUGACCUUGUUGCAUGUCUGUGUGUUUCUUGUGGAAAAAUAAAAGUGCCCUUCAAAGGGGUAGUUUGUUUGA